AUGCCCCAAAUCAAGAAAAAAGGCACCACUGGCCAAGCCAAGAAUUUCAUCACACGAACCCAAGCUAAAGAAAGCUUCGAAGGCGUCUACGCCAUCUACCACCUUCUACUACACCCAAGAUAUCCAAUACCUCCUCCACGAGCCAUUACUCGCAAAAUUCAGAGAACACAAAGCGGUUUCGAAGAAGAUCGCGAGGUCACUAGGAAGGGAGAAGUGGGAGAUGCUGCGCGACUAGAAAAGAACCAUGUGACGAAGCUCACACUAGAUCAUAUCAUCAAGCAAAGAUACCCAACCUUUGUCGACGCCCUCCGCGAUCUCGAUGACGCUCUGUCUCUACUUUUCCUCUUCUCCAGUCUCCCAUCGACAUUGAACGUUCCUCCGAAAACUAUUUCGUUGUGUCAACGAUUAUGCCUUGAAUUCGAACAUUAUCUGAUCACCACGCACUCUCUCCACAAAUCAUUCCUCUCGAUAAAAGGCAUCUAUUACCAAGCUACCAUCCAAGGCCAGGAUAUACUAUGGCUUGUGCCUUACAAAUUCGUACAGCGGAUGACAGGAGAUGUGGAUUUCAGGAUCAUGGCAACAUUCGUGGAGUUCUACACUACGCUCCUCGGGUUUGUGAACUUCCGACUGUACACAUCGAUUGGCCUAGUCUACCCACCAAAGUUCAACGCAAAGAGCGAUGAAGAAGGCGGGGAGCUUAGUGCGCUCAUGCUAGAGAGUCGAGGUAUCGACGGGUCAAAGCAAAUUGAAGCCCCUCCAGCUGUCGAUAUUGAGCAGAGUGGGCCCACCGCCGUCUCCGAAGAUGUACAAAAGCAGAUCCAAGCAAUUCAAGAAACCACUGAAACGGCCCCCUCGGAAGAAAGGCAAGACUCGCAAGCCGAUGAUACAGACCAACCCACGCCUCCUGACGCGAUUGAUACCUUCUCCCCCACUGCCCCCGACGCCGAUACCCUCCUUCAGCCUUCAGCCUCCGACUCUACAACCUCCACCCUCUUCGCCCCCUUCACAUUCUUCCUUUCCCGCGAAGUCCCUAAAGCUUCAAUAGAGUUCCUGCUCCGCGCUUUCGGCUGCAAGCGCAUAGGCUGGGACAGCGUCCUCGGAGAUGGCGCGUACACGACCAACGAGUUCGACCCAAGCAUCACGCACCAGAUUGUCGAUCGGCCGCCGUUGGGCGCUGAAGCAUGGAAUACCACCAGCGCAGCAGCUCCUGACGAUUCAGAUGCCGAUGAGGACGAGCCGAAAGUGGUCGUUCAAAGAGGGUGGCCCGCCAACAGAAUGCCAGGCCGCAUCUACAUCCAGCCGCAAUGGGUCUGGGACUGCAUCAACCAAGUGCAACUCCUGCGUCCAGACCUAUACGCUCCUGGGGCUACGUUACCACCCCAUCUAAGUCCGUGGGUGAAGCCUAGUAAAGGCGCUUAUGACCCCACCGCACCUCUAGCACAAGAAGCUGUUGAGCAACCCGCGCUUGAGAACGGCGAGGCCGAGCCCGAAUUAGUGGAGGACGACGAAGAAAGCGCCGAGGAAGACGAGGAGGAAAUUGAAGACAGCACCCAUGACAAAUCUGGUGACACCGUCUCCGAAACAUCCUUCACAGGCUUCGACGCCUCCAUCCCCAACGCUCGGUCCAGCACAGAGCGCCUCCACCAAGACGAGCUCCUUGCUGAAGCAGAGGGAGUUGCGCUUCCCCAACCUAAGUUAAAGGGGAUUUUGAAGAAGGAGAAUGGGGCUGCGAGACAGCGGGAGAGAGAGCGCGCGGCACGCCAGGAAGAAGAGGAGCUGGAACGCAGGAAGAUGAUGAUGCCGAAUCGGAAGAGGAAGUUGGUGGAGAAGAUGUUGUAUUCGAAUAAGGUGAAAGAUGGGGAACGGGAGCGGUUGGAGGGGAAGAGGAGGAGGAUUGAGAAGGAGGGGAGAGGGGGGUUGGGGAAAGGGACGGGGACGGGGGAGGGGGAGGGGGAGGUGAGCGGGGCAAGUUGA